AUGGCCCGCUUCUAUGGUUCGUGGGCACAGGGUGAGACUCGUAACAUACUGCGCGAAUUCGUUAGUGGUGGCACACUCACGGACUUUUUCGAACGAACCGAGCCGCCGACGACCAAGGCCGAUAUUCUGGAGUUUUGGAAAAACUUUAUACAAUUCAUCAAGCCAAUAGCAUGUAUACAUCACUUUCCUAAUCCGCACAACCAUCAUUCAUACAAAGUGGGGCUACAUAACGAUAUCAAACCGGAUAACAUCCUCGUAUCGGAGCGGAACGGGAAUAGCCCGUAUAGUGUCUCCUUCAAACUCGCAGAUCUUGGUCUCGCCGGGUUUGUGGUGGCUGAUGACUCAGACGAGACUCAACUGCGCGAUGUCCACGGUACGAAGAUGUACAGUGCGCCCGAAUACUUUCGUGGCGAGACAGACAGGUCCAAGCAACAAAGCAUCAAGCAAGCCCGUCCGGCUAAGGAUAUUUGGGCCUUAGCUUGUGUGAUCAGUGAAGCCGCGGUAUGGUCUGUAUUAGGCCGAAGAGGGUUGAUUGACUACCAUCGCCAGCGCGUCGAAGCUGCUGAAGCCAUUCCGACUCUCAGGAACACAGGCUAUAGCGGCUGCUUCCACGACACCACCAAAGUCCUCUCGGUUGUGGGAGAAACGCACAGGGAGGUCACCCAACGAUGUCGAGCAGCUAUAGACAACAUUGUUGGGUCAGUCCUUCUUAUUGUUAGCGGAAUGAUGAUGCAAGAUCCGGCCAGAAGACCAGAUGCGUGGACAGUUUACGAUGGUCUCACACAAGCCAUAGACUUAGCGACACCAACGGCUCCCCCACCAUUUCACGAUACAGAUCCACGGCCACCAACACCGAACAACUACACUCGACACUCGGUGCCUGUUAAUCUGUCCCCAAGCAUGACGAACGGGUUGGGCUUCACUAUGAAUGCGAACGCGCGGCCGCUAGUCAGCGAUACACGCGGGUAUCAACCGGAUCGUUUUCCAGAAAGACGCACAACUAUCAGUGGAGAUCGUUCCCCUCGUCCAGAUUCUGGUUCAUCGAGUACUAGACAGGGAAGGACACCGAGACGGGAUGCCUACAGUCCAGCCCUCGAUACUACGCAUGAAAUGCACUGGACUCCGCUGUCCCCUACCAACAGUGCUGUCCCACAGGCCAAUGUAUCUUCCGGUCGGACGGCCCGUCCUUCGGCUUCUGUAACCAGGGUCCUGAACUACAUAACUAGGAAGAAGUUGGAUAAGAGCACGGUCUUGCAGGGCGAAGAAUGGCUGAACAAAUUACAUGGUAGAGAUCAGAUCUUCCUCAUCGACGACUCAGAAUCUAUGCGACAUCACUGGGAUGACGUCAAAAGUACCUUCGAGGCUCUAGCGUACCUCGUUAAGGCCAUGGAUCCAGAUGGUAUCGAGUUACGAUUCGCCAACAGUCGGAGAUAUGACAGCCGUGGGAAGGAUCGCAAGGCACUCCUCAGGAAUUUCGAGAAAGUCAAGCCCAGUGGCCAAAGCCAAAUGGGUAUUGCGCUCAGCAAUAUUCUCCCAGACUACUACCACAAACCGCACCAAAGCCAAGCCAGCAAGCGGUCAUCCUGGUCUCCACGAGUAGAAGAAAAGCCUGCAGUUAACAUUUACAUCCUCACCGACGGUGUAUGGUCGCCAGGUCAUCAUUGCCUUUCAACCAUCAAAAACCACGUUACAAGCCUAGUCAAUCACCUGGUUGCGACCGGAAGGCUUCAACACGUCGGUAUCCAGUUCAUCCGCUUUGGAAACGACGAGACUGGUAAAGAGCGCCUGAAUAUCCUCGACAACGAUGAAUUGAAGCAUUACAAAGUUCCUAUAGAUAUCGUCGACACGGAGCCGUCUACUGGCAAUAUCUUCAAGAUGCUGCUCGCCAGCACCGACCCUUCCUGGGAUAACGAGCCCAGUAGCUAA